CGGUCCUCGGCUGCUACCUCGUUAGCCGCUACAACCAUACACGGGUCUCGGGGAGGCAGCAUGACGAACUCCUCCCCGCGUCGGUCCGUCCACCUGCGGCCACCACUAGCAGCACUAGCCGCUACCACCGGGAGCACCAGCAGCAGCACUAGCAGCUAGGAGCUAACGGCAGCUACACCGAGCCCCCCUCCCCGCCUCUCCCCGCCGGUAGAUGCUCCAGCGCGGGCAGCGCCGCCGGAGCUCCCGCUGUAGCCGCCGCGGCUAACCGGCUGCUAGCUACCAAACAGUUGACUGACAUCGCUCAUCUGGUAAUUACCAGGCUCUGAAUAGAGCAGAUUUUCUGGCACAACCAUGCCUCCCAGACCCUCCUCCGGGGAAUUAUGGGGGAUGCACUUGAUGCCCCCCAGCAUACGGGUGGACUGCCUUCUGCCAAAUGGCAUGAUUGUGACAUUGGAUUGCCUCAGAGAGUCCACACUUAUUACCGUUAAGCACGAUCUCUUCAGAGAGGCCAGGAAGUAUCCUCUCUACCAUCUGCUGCAGGAGGAGAGCUCCUACAUCUUUGUCAGUGUCACCCAAGAGGCAGAGCGGGAGGAGUUUUACGAUGAGACCAGGAGGUUGUGCGAUCUUAGGCUUUUCCAGGCCUUCCUCAAAGUUAUUGAGCCAGUUGGCAACAGGGAAGAGAAAAUUCUCAACAGAGAAAUAGGUUUUGCUAUAGGAAUGCCUAUUUGUGAGUUUGAUUUGGUGAAAGAUCCAGAAGUACAGGACUUCAGAAGGAACAUUUUAAAUGUUUGCAAGGAAGCUGUGGACCUCAGAGACAGUAAUGGACCCCACAGCAGAGCUUUGUACGUCUACCCUCCUAACGUAGAGUCCUCAGCAGAACUUCCCAGGCACAUCUAUAAUAAACUUGAUAAAGGUCAAAUCAUUGUGGUCAUUUGGGUCAUUGUUUCACCCAGCAACGAUAAGCAGAAGUACACCCUGAAGAUCAACCACGAUUGCGUGCCAGAGCAGGUGAUUGCCGAGGCCAUCCGUAAGAAGACACGGAGCAUGUUGCUCUCCCAGGAGCAGUUAAAGAUGUGCGUCCAAGAGUAUCAGGGAAAGUACAUCCUCAAAGUCUGCGGCUGUGAUGAGUACUUGCUGGAGAAAUAUCCCCUCAGCCAGUACAAGUACAUACGCAGCUGUAUCAUGCUGGGGAGGAUGCCCAACUUGAUGUUGAUGUCCAAAGACAGCCUGUAUUCACAACUGCCCACCGACAACUUCACCAUGCCGUCGUACGCGAGGCGAAUAUCCACGGCAACGCCCUACAUGAACGGGGAAACCGCCACCAAAUCUCUGUGGACCAUCAACGGAACGCUGAGGCUCAAGAUCCUCUGCGCUACUUAUGUCAAUGUAAACAUCAGAGACAUUGACAAGAUCUACGUCAGGACCGGGAUAUACCACGGUGGAGAGCAGCUGUGUGACAACGUCAAUACCCAACGGGUGCCCUGCUCAAACCCCAGGUGGAACGAGUGGCUGGACUAUGACAUGUACAUUCCAGAGGUUCCCAGAGCGGCCCGACUCUGCCUGUCAAUCUGCUCUGUGAAGGGAAGGAAGGGAGCUAAAGAGGAGCAUUGUCCCCUGGCCUGGGGCAACAUCAACAUGUUUGACUACACCCACACGCUAGUUGCAGGAAAGAUGGCUCUCAACCUGUGGCCGGUCCCACACGGCCUGGAGGAUUUGCUCAACCCUAUCGGCGUCACCGGCUCCAACCCCAACAAGGAAACCCCAUGUCUGGAGCUGGAGUUUGACCAGUUCAGUUGUCCCGUCAAGUUCCCUGACAUGGCCAUCGUCGAGGAUCACGCAAACUGGAACAUAUCCAGAGAGCUGGGCUUUAAUUACUGCCAUACUGGCCUGAGUAACAGGCUGGCCCGUGACAACCCCCUGACCGACAGCGACAACGAGCAGCUCCGUCAGGUGUGCACCAGGGACCCGCUCUCUGAGAUCACUGAGCAGGAGAAGGACUUCGUGUGGAGACACAGACAAGACUGCAUCAACAUGCCAGAGAUCCUUCCCAAGAUCCUCCUGGCGGUGAAAUGGAACUCCAGGGAUGAGGUUGCACAGAUGUAUUGCCUUCUGAAAGACUGGCCCGCAAUCAAGCCGGAACAAGCCAUGGAGUUGCUCGACUGCAACUUCCCUGAUCCCAUGAUCAGAGACUUUGCUGUGAAGUGCCUUGAACAAUACCUGACGGAUGACAAACUCUCCCAGUACCUUAUUCAGCUGGUUCAGGUUCUAAAGUAUGAGCAGUACCUUGAUAACCCACUUGCACGCUUCCUUCUGAAAAAGGCACUAACCAAUCAGAGGAUAGGACACUUCUUCUUCUGGCAUUUAAAAUCAGAGAUGCACAACAAGACGGUGAGCCAGCGGUUCGGCCUGCUGCUGGAGUCGUACUGCCGGGCCUGUGGCAUGUAUCUGAAGCACCUGAGCCGGCAGGUGGAGGCCAUGGAGAAGCUCAUCAAUCUCACGGACCUCCUCAAACAGGAGAAGAAGGAUGAGGCGCAGAAGGUUCAAAUGAAGUUUCUGGUUGAGCAGAUGAAGAGGCCUGACUACAUGGAUGCACUACAAAGCUUUACCUCCCCCCUGAAUCCAGCACAUCAGCUGGGAAACCUCCGCCUUGAAGAAUGCAGGAUGAUGUCAUCGGCAAAGCGACCUCUCUGGCUUAACUGGGAAAAUCCAGAUAUGAUGUCAGAAAUGCUCUUUCAGAACAAUGAGAUAAUAUUCAAGAAUGGAGACGAUUUGAGGCAGGACAUGCUGACGCUGCAGAUCAUUAGAAUAAUGGAGAACAUCUGGCAGAACCAAGGCCUUGAUCUCAGGAUGCUGCCGUACGGCUGUCUGUCCAUCGGUGACUGCGUGGGCCUGAUCGAGGUGGUGAGGAACUCCCACACCAUCAUGCAGAUCCAGUGUAAGGGCGGUCUGAAGGGGGCGCUGCAGUUCAACAGCCACACGCUGCACCAGUGGCUCAAGGACAAGAACAAGGGAGAGAUGUACGACCAGGCCGUGGACCUGUUCACGCGCUCCUGCGCCGGCUACUGCGUGGCCACCUUCAUCCUGGGCAUCGGAGACAGACACAACAGCAACAUCAUGGUCAAAGAUGACGGACAGCUGUUCCACAUAGACUUUGGCCAUUUCCUCGACCACAAGAAGAAGAAGUUUGGGUACAAGAGAGAGCGUGUGCCGUUUGUGCUUACUCAGGACUUCCUGAUCGUCAUUAGCAAGGGAACACAAGAGUGCACCAAAACCAGGGAGUUUGAAAGGUUUCAGGAGAUGUGCUACAAGGCGUACUUGGCAAUCCGGCAGCACGCCAACCUCUUCAUCAACCUGUUCUCCAUGAUGCUGGGCUCGGGCAUGCCCGAGCUGCAGUCGUUCGACGACAUCGCGUACAUCAGGAAGACGCUGGCGCUGGACAAGACUGAGCAGGAGGCCCUGGACUACUUCAUGAAGCAGAUGAACGACGCCCACCACGGCGGCUGGACCACCAAGAUGGACUGGAUCUUCCACACAAUCCGCCAGCACGCCAUGAACUGAGGAGGGGCGGCAGCAGCAGGACGCUGAGGAAGCAACAGAGACAAAAACGACAGAAACGAAUUCCCCCUCAAAACGCACUAAAGCUCGGUACUUAUUUCUGCCAGCUCUUGACUCAGAAACAUCAUUGACUAGCAAACUGCAAAACGAGGACGCCAGGAAAAAGUGAUACCGGGGACAAAACGCCUAACCUGCCCCCCCUUUUUUUUUUUCAGUUUCAUGCUUUAUGACUUUAAAAAAUAAGGAUGGAGUUAUACCUCACAGUUUUUUGUUUUUCCUCCACUCAUAGGAACUCUACAAGUUUAAUGGACCUCGGCAACAUUGGCCUUUAUCUGAACUACGGCAAAUUUUAUUUUUCUUACUUUUUAUUCCUGUCAUUGCAUCUGCAGCCAUCAGCAUUAGGAGGUGUACCUCACAACCCCCCCCUCCCUUGAGACGAGCCAGCGGUUUGUUACUACUAAUCCUUUAGAAAGUGAUGAAGUGAUGGGCACAAACCGGGGUAGUGGAACGGCAUUAAGCCUGCAGGUCUUCACAGAUCUAUCGGUUCCUUCUACAGUUGUGAGAGCCGCGUGAACAGAUGGAAACAUUUAACACGUUUUCACGAGUAAACUACACGAAUGAACUACCUGAAGACAUGUAGACAUGGCGUCUCUAUUGUUAAUAGGAGAUUCGACUCCCGAACAGCAGUGUAUUCAUGUACUUGUCUGCAUUCUGCGCACAUAUUCUUUUUUUUUUUUUGUGUCCAUUUUCUACUGAGCCAAGUACUUUAUGUAUAUCUCCACUACACCGCAGUCUUAGUCACUACUAUUCCAGACCUGUACACACAGCACUGAUCUCUGCAGUAUUUGUUUCGUCUAUCAGUAUUACUCUGUGUCCGAGGUUGAGGUUUCCAGCCUUCGUCAUCCACCCGAGACAGAUGAAGCAGACUUUCUCAUAAUUAAUGAUUUUUUUUUUUGUUUUUUUUGUUUUGGCUUUUAAAAAUGCAUAAAAACAAAAAAAGGUGUGUAGUGUUCAUUUAGCAUCCUGUGCUAUUACACUAUGCAAAUGGUGAUGCUAGCAUGUACUGUAUACUGCCAGAAAAACGAUGUCAGAGCGAGUGAAGCGGAGGGGAGCCCGGCCUCUCUGAGUGGAGUUUCCUACAAGACAGUUUAUGGAAGAAAAAACAACGCGCAAAAUGCUGCCGUGCAACACUAACGUCUACUUCUUGCCAGCAACUGUGAGAAAAAAAAAACACCUCUGGACCUUGCUUUUUACUUCUCCUCGUCAGGUUUCCAACUAACUUUUGGAGCUUCGAUCUAAGCCAUCUAUGUAGUGUUGAAUAUUAACUUUUGAUUUGCUUUCGCUGCGAGUCACAGACGUGUGGCAUCUGUGUGAAGAAAAGUAACCAAAGUGAUAUUUCUCAACCUCCCCAAGUGUCUUGUUCCAGACCCAUCCGUGUGAUCAUGGCCGCCCCCGUCCCCCCGUCCCCCCCCCUGUGUGUGGAAGUAGUCGUCGCUGCACAUGUUCACGUGUAGGAGGUCCACGAUGAGUUCAAGCUUUACACAGUGAUGCAUAGGAUGAGGGUUUUCCUCCACACCUGAGUCUCUGUGAGAGCAGUUUGUGUUACCUGAACGCCGUUAGGGACUUGGAGGAGUUCAGGAAGCGGACGCACCAUGAUGUAUGUGCUUCUGUGCGGGAUACAGAGCAGUGGGCCGGACCCAAAUUAACAAAAACUAAACCCCAUGUACGACAUAGAAGAAUACUCUAAAUGUUUCCAUUUCCCUUUGUACUGGUUAUUGUUUUUUUUUGUUUUUUUUUCUUUGUCUUUCUCAUCCUGCUUAUGCAUGAGUUCUGUCUUUUUCUGUCUUUCUUUUGUCUUUUCUGACCGGAUGUUGUUUACUUGAAUUUCAUGUAUAGAAAUGAUCUUCUUACCUAUUUGAGGAACAAAAAGAGUCACAAUGAAGAUAAUAGAUACUGCUACUACAUGUGCAAAUGCUUUCCUUGAAUAACUACAGAGGUAAUAUAUUUUUGUAUUUUUAAAUGUUAACAAAUUUAUAUAUACAGUACAUAUAAAACCAAAAAAGAGGCAGCAUGCGUCCCAUGCAACCAUGAAAAAGUCCAGCAGCCAUCCAUUAGUUGUUGACAGGAGGAGGAGGAGGAGAAUGAAGGACAAGUCGUCGGAGCCCAUCCUCACAUCACGUAGACCUCUUGGCCUCAAGUGGAAGUCUGUAAGCACAAUAAGUUUGAAGAAAACUACCUUGCAUGUUUUAAAAUGAACCAAACUCAUGUAUUCACCUGUAUAUAUCAUAAAUCUACUUAAAAUAACUUGUUUUAAUCAUCCUCAUAUGUCCAUGUCUGAUAAGAACCUGUAUGUAUUCAUUUAUUGUGCUGUUGAAUAAAAACAUUUCCCCCAGAUGGAUUUAAUAAGCCAU